AUGGUUUUCCAGGGAGAUGUGAGUGCCACGUGCCCAAACAACAGCGCGGUGUCUCUGACAUGCGUAGAAAAAGAUUGCGGUGAGCGAGUAAGGUCAUCACUGUCGACGUUCGUGGUUGGAGGAAAUUACGUCCAGGAUGGCACGUGGCCUUGGAUGGCAGCCAUUCACUAUCUAGGCUAUCAUCACUGCGGAGCUGCCAUCAUAAGUAACCAAUGGCUGCUGUCGGCUGCCCAUUGUUUUGACUUGUUGAAGCACAAGGCACCUUACAAGUUUGAAAUCAUCAUUGGAACCGUCAACCGUCUUCAGCCGGGGGCGGGGGCAAUCCGCGUGCGACCCGAACGCAUCAUCGUCCAUCCAGAGGGGAAAUUCGACACGCAGUUCAAUUCCAAUUACUCUUAUGACAUUGCCCUUGUGAAGCUACCCUAUCGGCUCAACUUCACGGAUAACAUCCGGGCUGGGUGCGUACCGGAUGCAGUUUAUACGCCAUUGCCCAAACACUGUUUCAUUGCCGGAUGGGGGAAUACGGAUGCUGACCACAAUUCGUAUCCGCAGACAGUGUUGAAAGAGGCGAAGAUGACACCAGUCAACGAAGCCACCUGCAAAGCCUCCAAUUUGAAUCUUCUCAGAAAUUACGACUUUGACCGAGUGUUCUGCGCCGGAUACGGAAAUGGCUAUAUUAUGGGAUGUGGGGGUGAUAGCGGCAGUCCUUUGAUGUGCCAGGACAAGUUCGGCAGGUGGAACAUUCAAGGUGUUCUCAGUUUUGGGGGUUCCGGCUGCAACCGAGACGGGAACUUUCUCUACAAUGUUUUCUCCAGGGUGACCCAUUUCACGGACUGGAUCAACGGGGUUAUAGGAUCUGAAUAAAACUUACUUCAUGCAAGGCAGUGACAGACACUUACAGUGGUAUUUAAAGAAGAUGCUCCCAAAAUGUCACCAAGCGAAAGAUUGUUGAAGAAUUCUGUUAAGAAUAUUUAUUUAUUGUCAAGUGUCAUGGGCGGGCACUGAUUUUUAUUUAU